GGGGCGCGGCUUCCGGCGCCUCUUCCUGCGCGUCGGCCGCGGCGAUGGCGCCGCGCGUGGUUCGGCGCCGCACCCUGGAGCGGUGCCUGGGCGAGCUGGAGCAGGCCACCGACCGGCCCGAGUGCUUCCUCACGAUUCGAGAUGAUCUGGCAUCCCGCUUUACCUCUUUAACCAAAGUGCUCUACGAUUUAAACAAAGCCCUGGAGAAGGGCCAGAUCCACGGCAGCCCUUUGCAGAAGCUGGUGGUCACCAGUUUUGAUGAUGAGCAGAUUUGGCAGCAGCUGGAAUUGCAGAACCAGCCAAUCCUGCAGUACCUGGAAGAUGUCGUCAGGGCAACCAUCGACGACGAUGACCUUAGUCUCCUCCCUGAGGAUGACAAGCAGGAGUGCCAAGAAACUGGCUCUGAAGUGGAGGCUGAUGGGCCAGAGGACCCAGAACCAGGUUCGGAAGAGGAGGAGGAGCAGCAUGAGGAACUGUCAGGCCUGCACGGUGAGAAGCCCCAAGGGGCCAAGAAGGCCAACAGAUUGGACCUGAGCGCAGACCCAGACUUCAGCGACGAGGAUUCCGAUCUUGACUUUGAUAUCAGCAAGUUGGAACAACAGAACCAGGCGGCCAGGAAGGUGCCUGGGAAGACCCUGGAAAAGUCCGUCGUGGAUGACAAGUUCUUCCGCCUGGCUGAGAUGGAAGCCUUUUUAGAGAAGAUAGAAAAGAAGGAGGAGCAAGGAGAGGAAGAGGGGGAUGAUGAUGAUGAGGUUGAUCUUUUUGAAGAUAUGGAUUCUGAUGAAGAUGAAGGGCUAUUAGGAAGUCAGAGACUUAAGUCAAGGAAAAGUUCCAGAAAUCUGAAAUACAAAGAUUUCUUCGACCCAGUUGACAGUGAAGAUGACCCAGCAGCUAUCUGUGUAGAGGAGCAGGGUUCAGACGAGGAGGAAGAUAGAACCGAAGAGGGAGAAGAUGGAGAAGAUAGGAGUUCAGAACCGGAUGAAGAUGUCGACCUGGAGGAGAGCAAAAGUGAUCAACCACGCAGAGCCAGCGCAAAGAGAGUCACAUUUGCUCUGCCCGAGGAGGAGGAUGAGGAUGAGGAGGAAGAAGAGGAGGACGAGGAAGAGGAGGAGAUGGAGACAGAAACAGAGACGGAAGGCUUGGGCAUCCUCAAGGGUGAGAAGGAUGCCAAUGAAGUGAAAUCUUCUUUUGAGAAAAGACAGGAAAAGAUGAACGAGAAGAUCGCGUCUCUGGAGAAGGAGCUGUUGGAGAAGAAGCCCUGGCAGCUGCAGGGGGAAGUCACAGCCCAGAAGCGCCCAGAGAACAGCCUCCUGGAGGAGACGCUGCACUUCGACCACGCAGUCCGCAUGGCACCGGUGAUCACCGAGGACACAACGCUGCAGCUGGAAGAUCUCAUCAAGCAGCGGAUCCGGGACCAGGCCUGGGAUGACGUAAUCCGGAAAGAGAAGCCGAAGGAGGACGCGUUUGAGUACAAAAAGCGUCUGACUUUGGACCACGAGAAGAGCAAGCUGAGCCUGGCUGAGAUCUAUGAGCAGGAGUACAUCAAGCUCAAUCAGCAAAAAGCAGCAGAGGAGGAGAACCCCGAGCAUGUGGAGAUCCAGAAGAUGAUGGACGCCCUUUUCCUGAAGCUGGACGCCCUCUCCAACUUCCACUUCAUUCCCAAGCCGCCUGUCCCUGAGAUUAAGGUUGUGUCCAACUUGCCGGCCAUCACCAUGGAGGAGGUGGCGCCCGUGAGCGUGAGUGAUGCCACCCUGCUGGCACCCGAGGAGGUCAAGGAAAAGAAUAAAGCCGGAGACAUCAAAACAGCUGCAGAGAAAACCGCCACAGACAGGAAACGCGAGCGGCGGAAGAAGAAGCUGCAGAAGCGCCUGCGGCUGAGGGAGAAGGAGAAGCGCAGGAAAGCACUGGAGAAGACGAGACCGGAGCAGGCAGCCAAGCUGACCAAGGCGGCGGCCGUCAACAAGCUCCAACAGCUGACCAAGACCGGCAAGGCAGCACUGCUGAAGGACGAAGGAAAAGACAAAGCCCUCAAGUCAUCCCAAGCUUUCUUUUCAAAGUUACAAGAUCAAGUGAAAAUGCAAAUCAGCGAUGCCAAGAAGACAGAGAAGAAGAAGAAACGACAAGACAUUUCAGUCCAGAAGCUGAAAUUGUGACAUCCAGGCUGCAGCGAGAGCACAUGGCCAUGUAGCUAGCAUUGGUGUUUUCUAAUAAAACUUGGGGUUUAUUUAUUCUGGGUCUACACCUGG